AUGAUAGAAAAAUUAAAAACGUUUUUCCAAAAAGAGUUUGACUAUUCUCAAAGCUACGUUAACCCGUACGAAUUUCAUAAAGUGUUUUAUUUUUUUUCAAGAGCUUAUUUUCUUUUAGAAGAUAGUUAUCUUAUACCCAAGUGGAGCCGUUACGCUCACGCGUUUGUAUUUUACAAUACAAUAAUUGUCUUAAGUGUUUCCUCGCUCGGGACAUACUACGGUAUAAUCACAAUGGAUGUCAUUCAGAUAGCUGAAGGAGGAACUUAUUUCAUAAUAUUCGCGUACGUCCUGUUAAUUUUGUCAUGUCAAAAGAUAAAGAGUAACAUGUUGAAUUACUAUAGUCUGCAGCGCGUUUUGAAGGAAGACUUUGAAUACGUCAGUACUGCGAAGCCUAGUCACAGGGAAAGGUUCUACAAAAAUGAAAUGGAGACAUGGAAGAUGUGCUUACAAGCUGUUGUCUUCAUAAGCGGUGGCUGCAUUUCACUCUUCAUAAUAGCCUGUCUACUCCUCGUGUUCCAUCUUGCCACCCAUGAACCUGGAGAUGGCAGUGUUAGACCUCUGUUAUUCCCGAUAUGGAUAUUUGAUUUGGAUAUGAGUAAAACGCCUUGUUAUGAAAUCGCGUUCAUGUUUUCUAAUUGGACCAUUUUGACUGUUGCUUACGUCUAUAGCUUCAUGCUUCAGACACAAAUACUUUGGGUAAGGGAGAUAGCAGCAAAAGCGGAUUUAAUGAUAUACUGCAUUGAAGAUUUGAUGGACGGAAUCCAAUAUGCCGAAAAUCCUGAAGAUAAAGCGCGUUAUGACAUAAUUCUCAAAACGCGAUUCAAACGUAUUAUAAAGCAGCAUCACUCAAUGAACGAUUUGUUGCAGAAUUUUGCCGGAGUGUUUAAGAAAUUAUUUAUGUUCGAACAAAAACUUGGAGGCCCUGUUGUGUGUUUAACAGCGUUUGGAGUUUCUGAGAAAUUGAAUAAUGGUAUAUUUCACCCCGUUCUGUUCAUUCUCUGCUUUACAACGGUCCUCGUGAUGUUUAUACCCAGCUACCUUUGCACUUUUCUUGGCAUAAAAAUACGGUCGAUAUGUGACGCGUGCUGGGAUACACCGUUAUGGGAUUCCUCCUGUUUCAUAAGACCGUACUUUGUGCUGAUCAUGCAGCGCUGUCAAAGACCGCUUCCACUGCAAGCCCCGGGCUUCGAAGAUAUCUCUUUACAAACAUUUUCAAGUAAAAUGGCCGGGGCUUAUUCAAUGUUCAACAUGCUGCGACAGACAAAUAUAGGGGGAGGUGCUAAAUAA